AUGGCUGCUCCGUCGUGGUGGUUCUCGACGAUCGCCGUCGUCCUCUCGAUCGUCGCCGUCGUCGUCGACUGUCAGAAGCACAGUCUCGAGCGCAGAAUUCGCUCGUCGCUGCAGUAUCCCGAGGAGAGCGAGAUGGGGCUGUUUUUCGCCCUGGCGGUGCCGCUCGACGAUCCGGACACGACCAAGGCCAUAUCGAUGGCCCUCUUCUUCGAGGCCAAUUACAAGCUGACACCGCCCGAGGAGGAGCAUAAAGGAAAUCAUACGACGACCACGACGGAGAAGAGUUCUACGGAGGAGCCGAAGAUACAGGGAGAUAUCAUCGAUCGUCGCGGGGUCUAUCGAGUGCUUCAAUCAAAAUUCCAAAACUCCGGUUAUCCGGGCAAGGAGUGCGUCCUGAGGAGCAUCUGCGAGACCACGAGCCUGGGCGAGAGACUGCACGCCGGACACAACGGCCUGCUCGGCGACAUCUUGAGGAUCACUUUUACGCCAUCGUCGAGUUCGGACGAGUCCCUGGACGAGGAUUACGCGCGGGCGGAGAACUACACGAGGAGCUUAGCCGAGUGCGCCGACACCUACUCGGCCUGUCCGAUUUCCAUCUACGAGAACAUCAGCCUGGACGAAGAAAAACCAGACGACGACAAGGACGAGGAGGAGGAGGAGGAGCGAUGA